AUGGAGGAAAGUUUGGAAUACAUCGACAUCAAGCUUUCUCCGGCGAAGCUCCCACUCGAUCUUCCUCUAGAUCCGCCGACGAAAUCUCCACCGAUGAAAUCUCACCGCCGUCUCCGGCGACGAGGCGACACCUGGGUAGUGUCUGUGUUGGUAAUAAUCCACAUAGGGUUUUUCGUUACGACGAUGGUGGUCAACGAUUGCUACACCAAUUCUCACGGUGAUUGCACUUUUCCAUCUCUCGGAAGGUUAUCGUUUCAGCUUCUCUCUGAAAAUCCACUGUUAGGUCCUUCCAUGUCAAAGUUGGAUGAAAUGGGAGCUCUUCGAAAGAACGUUUUGACGGAACAUCAUCAAACUUGGCGUCUUUUCACGUUUCCAUUUUUGCAUGCUGGACUCUUCCAUCUGGUUAUCAAUCUCUGCAGUGUGAUCUAUGUUGGAAUUCGCCUAGAGCAGGAGUUUGGGCCAUUAAGGGUUGGUAUAAUCUAUAUACUAUCUGCUUUUGUGGGUGCCUUAAUGGCUUCACUUUUUCUUCAAAGCAUCCCUUCUGUUGGUUCUUCUGGUGCUUUAUUUGGAUUACUAGGAACAUUGCUUUCAGAAUUUGUUUGGAAUUGGAAAUUUCAUACCAAUAAGAUUUCAAAAAUAGCAUCAUUAGUCUUUGUUUUUGUGUGCAACUUCUUCCUUGGUUUUAUGCCAUAUGUAGACAAUUUUUCAAGCAUUGGAGGUUUUAUAUCAGGAUUCCUUCUUGGAACUGUUCUUUUAUUCACCCCACAGCCCCAGCAAAUAACUCCAAAUAAAGGAGGUCAAAUUGAUUAUGGUUUUAAAAGUUACAUCAAGCUGAAGUUCAAGCAAAAGCUAGACAGACCAGUUACUAGAAUUGUUUCUCUUAUCCUCUUCACCCUGUUAUUGGCUGGUUGUUUUCUUGGAGUUCUUUAUGGAAUCAACAUCAACAGUUAUUGCACAUGGUGUCCAUAUGUUGACUGUAUCCCUUUCACAAGCUGGCAUUGCAAAGACAAAGAAAUCUUUUGUGAGACAAUGGUGAGUAAUGCUCACUUGACGAUGACAUGUUUGGGGAAUGGCAACUUUAAGGUCUAUCAUUACACCAAUAUCUCUCGAGCAAGGAUUAAUGAUUUGUGCUAUAUGAUAUGUUGA